AUGGCGACGGCAGCGAAUUCUAUGGCCACUGGCCGCCUCUAUACUGACAGCAAGCCAAUGGUGAUAGUCUGCUAUAGCCUGGGAGGAAUCAUAGUCAAACAAGCUUUAUGUAUCGCUAACAAACAGUUCUAUCGUUAUGGGUUAAUCGUUAAUGCUUUAGCUGGUAUCAUCUUUCUAAGCACUCCGCACUGCUAUGCUGACAAAACUGCAUGCGCGGUAUAUUUCCGCGAAAUCUUGGAAUUAAUAAUAGGCAGAGGAUCAAAGGUUAUAAACGCUAUUAUUGAGCGAGAAGGUGCUAUUCUGCUCGACCUUGCAGAUAGAUUCGAAGGAAUCUCACUUCGCACACCUAUGCUAUCUGCCUAUAAGCUGAGAGAGUCUAGAAUUAGUUCAACGCCCCUGCCCACGGAAUGGCCUUCGAAUAGAGCAACAAAAGGGACUACACCUUUGGGGUUUGAGUUGGUUCAUUCCGCAGCCCCGAACACCGAACCGAAAAAAUUUGUCCAUCUACCUUGCGUAUUACUCAACAUAAAUCUGAAAAAUGAGAACUUCUACGGCCGUAAGGACAUCUUGGCAUGUCUUGCGGCUGAGCUCUUGCCUUCGAAGAGUAUAGUGACAGCGUUAGGCACGGCUCUACAGCAGUUUGUAAUUUGUGGAUUUGGAGGAAUUGGGAAGACUGAAAUAGCUCCAGACGAGAUUGCAAAACUCGACCAUCACUACCAGCAAAUAUCGCUGGCAUUAGGACUCGAAGACCCAUCGGAGUGUAAGAGCCAGGUUGUCAGUAGAGAGAUCCAGCUAUCUGGGUACGAUGAGCUUGGUCAGCCCGAUCAAGCGAGGUUAGAAGCGACUUGGUUGCUUGUGUUUGAUAACGCAGACGAUCCAAUGAUCCUAGCGGACUACUGGCCUCAGGGCAGUGGAUCAAUUCUUAUCACUAGCCGUGAUCCAUUGGCUAAACGCAUAUUUACAGGAAGGACAUUAGGAUUAGAUCUCGGACCAUUGACACAACAGGAUAGUUUGUCGCUAUUCAACCAUCUUACACCCAUUUCCAACGAAUCCGAGAUGGCAGGAGUCAUUUGCCGACAGGACUUGAUCUUGCCUGAAUUUCUUGAGCUGUAUACAGAUCAUGAAGAACAUUCCAAUCUUUAUGAGACAAAGUUCGAUGCUAACUUAAUCACAUAUUCUUACUCUCUGUCCACUGUUUGGGCAUUUGAGAAACUAAAGCCUCAUGCGCGGCAGCUGUUGGAACUGAUUUCGUUUCUCGACCCGGAUUUUAUUGGAGAGGAUCUGUUGAUUGAAGCAUCAGUUACGUUACUUUCGGAUGGCGCGCAGUUCAGGAAGAUCCAUCGCAUCGUACAGGAAGUGAUCAUGACAACGAUGGACGAGUUCAAGAAGCGAUCUAUGUUUAAUCUGAUUGUACGAACUCUUUGGGCGGACUGGCCAUCGGCUAUGCCCAAGCCAUUAAAAGAGCCAGAAUUGCCUCAGCCUAAAUUAAGUGGUGGCAGACUACAUGUUGGGAGGUGGCCUGUUUGUGCGGCGAUAUAUCCUUACGUUCUAAGGAUACAUCAGCUCUGGUCAACAAUAUCAGAUCUCUUAGACGCCACCAAAUUACAUUUUGCAAAGUUGUUGAACGAGGCUGCAUGGUAUCAGAAAGAACGCGGUAGAACAAAGGAUUUUGAUGGCUUCUUUGAGACUGCUCGCAGCAUCUGCGAAUCCUCUGUAUACUCUAAUCGGGAUUCCCUGCUUGCAGACAUAUAUUUCUGCCUAGGAGCUAUCUCUAUGGACGUAAGCGACUUCGAUAAAAGUCGCGUUUGUAAAGAAUUGUCUUUCGCUCUGGUUUCUAACAUUUGCAAAGAACUGGGAACUGCUGACGAGAGAUUGUAUCUUGCAUACGCAGAGCAAGGUGAGGCUGAUCUCAGGGAAGCACUACGGAUUCGUAUAGCUCUUGGUAACUACGUCCCCCGGUCUGGCGAGCGAGUAAUGCGCCACAUGCGCGCGACGGUUGGUGAGAAGGAUUUCUACACUGCGAAUGUCGCUUACAAAAUUGCGGAGUACCUGCUCCGCUUGGGCCGAAGUGAAGAAUCGAUUACUAUGGCCAAUAUGGCGCUGGAUAUCUGGUCUGUUGACCUAAGUGCACACAAGAACGAGAUUGCUCGUACAACCUUCCUUAAGGGCCGCUUGUUUGAAGUAACAGUUGCAUGCCGCUUGAGAAAGGAAAUAACUCAAGAGGAUCGAGAUAUGAAUAGCUUAACCACGGAAGAUUUUGACAAGAUCGUUGCUUUUUGGGCUCGAUGA